UUUCGGGCGCCGGCACUUGGCCGCAGGCUGCCGCUGGCCGGGCCCCCCCCCGCCGCCAUGGGCACCCCGCGCUGCUGAGGCCGGACCGCGGCUGCCCCCUCCCCGGGGCAGCUGCCCUCUGCCGUUCUCCUCCGUUCCCCAUCGCCCCGCUCCGGGCAUGUGAGCCGCUCCCUCCAGCCCCAGCAGCAAGCCCCGCUCCCCGUCCCGUCCCCAGCGCCAUGCCGGCAGCCUGCGCCCUGCUGCUGCUGCUGCUGCUGCUGGGGCUCGGGCUGGCCCCGCCGGCCGGGUCGCUGCCCCUCGCUCCCUCCCGACGCCUUCCUCCUCUUCCUCCUCCGCCGCCGCAGCCGCCUCGCAGCCGCCUCGGCCGUCCCUGCUCGCCUCCCGCCGCGGGACACGACCGCCCGGCCAUCAACAGCAGCCAUCAGAUGAAGAGAAGCCUGGACAUGGCCAUGAGGACCUCCAGCUCUCUCAUGGGGGACCUGGAGCUCACCACAGCACUGCGUGGCACCAGGCAAGAGGCAGAGUACACUGCUCCCCCUGCCAGCACCAGCACUUUCUCCCUGCAACAACAGGGAUGCACAAGGAGCAGCCCUCCUGGCCCCGCUUCCCCUCCUGCUGCUGAAAGCCAGGCAAGAGGCAGGAGGGCACUGGCUUCUCCUAGUCAUCCUGUGGACACAGAUAGGACAUUUUCGCCAGGACCAGCUCUAUCCUCAUCCCCAGCAUCGCAGGCCCAAAGUGUGCUCCCCACCACCCCUGUGCCCAGCUCCCCGGGUCAGCCCCCCUCUUCUCCCCAUGCUCCCAGCACCCAGACGGGUGCAAGAGGAACCACGCUGGAUCCUGAGAAUGCUGCAUGGAGUUCCACAAGCCCUGAGUUCAUAGGAUCACCCACCUCCAAAAACAGUUCCAGAGCCGCUGGAAGCAGCCACCAACCAUCCAAAGGCUCAUCACUGGAGAAGAGAAUAUGGGGUUUCCAGGCCACCAGUGACUCCAUGUCCGCCACAGCCACCAGAAGCACAGGGAGGACGUUGCGGUCUCUGCCUGCCAGCACCACCCUGGUCCAUCCGGCAGAAAUUUCCACCUCUGGUGCCAAAACUAUUGACCCUCCAGACUGGACCCUGUCUCCUGGGCAGCCUUUGGGAGCAGGGGCUGAUGGUGGCACUGGGGCCACCGUGUCCUCUGCAGAUCUGCUGCUUGCCAACGCAGGCAGCACUUCCACAUCCUCUCACAGCAGUCAAGAGCCCAGGAGCAUCCCAACUGCUGGAGAGGUGAUGCUGCACUCAGAUGUGUCCGCUGUGCUCACCAACAUGACAGUGGGGACACUGGCUUCUGCUCCGAGCUCUGCUACCAGCCCUGAGCCCACCAGCAUUUCAGGGGACACUUUGUCCUCCUUGGAAGCUGGGACACAUGGAGCUGGCAGCUGGCAGAGAGACCUCUCUACACAGCCCCGAGAACCUUUGCUUGCCAGUUCGCUCUCUGCCUCCAGACGUACAUUUGCAGGUGUCAGAAGCAGCCACCAGCCAACUGACACGUCAACAGCAGAGGAAGAAACCACAGCAUCCUCUGCCAACAGUGCCUACAUUUCAGCCACAGCCACCGGCAGCGGGGGGAGACCUCCGAGGUCUGCCACAAACAGCAGUGGAUGGGCAGCAGAAGUCUCUGCUUCCAGCAGUGGUGCAACUGGGACCUCAGGCGCUGUCAGAUCACCACCUGCCUCUUCUGUAAGAGAGACCCACAGAGUGCCUGGGUCCAGGGAGACCACAGCUUCCAGCCAGCCUGAAGCAGAACCUUCAGUGCCACUCUCUCCUUCUUCUGCAGAAGGCCCUUCCAUAGCUUUCAGAAGCAGCCAUAUGCCAUUUAGCACCCUGGCCACAGAGAAGAGAACUGAUUUCCACACCACCAGUGACUCCAUGUCCGCCACAGCCACCAGAAGCACAGGGAGGACGUUGCGGUCUCUGCCUGCCAGCACCAGCCUGGUCCAUCCGGCAGAAAUUUCCACCUCUGGUGCCAAAACUAUUGACCCUCCAGACUGGACCCUGUCUCCUGGGCAGCCUUUGGGAGCAGGGGCUGAUGGUGGCACUGGGGCUACUGCAUUCUCCCCAGGGUCACUGCUUGACAUUUCAAGCAGUGCUUCUGCCACAGCCAAAGGGGCUACAACCUCAGCCAAAGGAGGAAGGCUGCCCGACGAUUCUGUCACCAGCACACCCAGCUUGGUGAUGGCCACCAAAGGUGGGAACAUGACCACCGAGCCCGUGGUAGACACCAGUGCAGGCAGCUCUGCUCCCGCUCCAGCUGGCACCAGCUCCCUGGAUGUGGUCCUUCUGCUGUCUUCUGUGACAGAGCCAGGCAGCCAGAGAGAUGUCUCACAGCAUGAUGCUGACCUUGAUGAGCUUCCAACAAAGCCGCUGCCUGUGUUUCCUCCUGGUGUUUCAGUGUCUUCAUUCUCACCAAGUUCUUCAGUUCCAGAGGGAGGACAACAGGUUUCUGGUGUUGCUACUGAGACUACGUACAUUCUAACCAUGCUCUCCACCCAUGAGGAAAGGACAUCUCAGGAUGCAGCAAACCAUGGCACAUGGAGCAUGGUGGUGGAAAGCCCUACAUCUCACCCAGCUAUGGCCAAGGAGCCCCUCUCCAGUUCCAUCCCAUCUUCCCCAGCGUGGCCUGAAGGCAGACAUGUCUCCUCCAUCCAUACAGCAUCCACGGAGCCUGAAGUCACCUUUUCAUCCAGAGUGUCCACCUACUUCUCUGCUGCUGAACCUUCCACUGUGGGAAGCAGCCAUAACUCGCUAAGCAGCUCAAGUAUGGAGGAAGGGAUUUCCAGCCCCCAUACCAAUCCCGUAUAUGGUUCAGCCACAUUGGCUGGUGGCAGAGAGGGGACACCGGUGACGAUCAGCGUGCUGACCCAUACCACAGAGAGCUCUGCUUCCCACACCGAGGCCACCAGUGCUUCAGAGCCAGCUCGGCUGGUGUCAGUGGAGCAGAGUGGGAUGGCCAACACCUCGGUUGGCAGCGAAGGCCUCGCGACAGAGACUCUCUUCACCCACUCUUCCAAGCUACUCACUGAUUCAUCUUUCCAAAAUGAUCUCACAAGCUUUCCAAGUAGCCAUCAGCCAGUCAGCAGCUUUGAUGGAGAGAAAAGGACCUCAGUUUCUCAUACAGACGGCACAUACAUUUCAACCAUAUACACCAGAGGAGGAGAAAGGACUCUCCUAUCUAUCUCAAACAGCAGCACCUCUGCUGACUCCUCUGAAAGUUCCACAUUUUUUUCAGAAAUUUCCAACCCUUCUGAUUCAUCGAAAUCACCUGUGGCACAGGACAGGAAGAACAACAUAUCCAGUGAUGGCAGUUUUGUUCAACCAUCAACGGAGCCAUUGCUGGUGCACUCUUCCAAACCACUGACUUCUGCUUCUGUAGGCAAUGUACAAAAUACAACUGUCUUUGACACUGACUCCAGGUUGUUGCCCACUGGCAGGUCAUCUCUAGCUUCAUCAGUAUCUUCACGCUCUUCCUCAGCAUCAUCACUGCAUCACUCACUCUCAUCAACACCACCUCCAACUCAUCUGUAUGCAACAUCAGAGCCAUCUGAGCCUCUCUCUUCCUCUGUGAUGGCAUCUUCAACCUCUCUGCAGGCUUUAUCAUCCUCUUUGCCCACUUCCUCAUUGGUUUCCCCGUCUUAUUCUUCAGUAUCUUUAUUGCCUCUGUUUUCAUCAGCAUCAUCUGUCUCACAGUCCAGUGACAGUGGCCCAGCAAGCACCCCCACCGCUACAACUGCAUCCAGGCGGGUGCCCUCCACAGCUGCAGUGGCUGGGAGCUCUUCCCGAGAGACCACCAAGCACAGUAGCACACACCAGCUCCAAAACAACACCUCCUUCAACAUGACCAGGUCUCCCCUUCUGCCCACGGAGCCCAUGGAGCAUCUCGGUGGCCGUGUUGUGUCCAUGUCUGCUGCCACACCGGUAACAGAAAUCAUGUCACCAAGGAGUGCUACCUCCCAGCUGGGUAGCUCUGGGAAGGCAACAUCUCCACCUCUGCUUAUCACAGCCAGUGAUGCCCCACAGACUGAGCCCACAGAUGUGCCCCUCAGUACCUUGACAACCACAACAAGCCACAGUGCCAUUGUCCCUGCAGUGGCAGUGACCACAGUGAAACCUGUUGUACUGACAACGCCAGCCAGUCGCCAGCCAACCCUGAGUGAUGCUAGCACCACAAAAACCCACAGAGCUCCAACAGCCACUACCACUAAACACAUUUAUACUACUGGUGAAAGCACAAAAUCUGUGGAUCCCACCACUACAGUGCCUAGUAAGGUCACCAAGCAAGUCAUCCCUGCUACGAGUCCUCCUGUAGUCCAUCCAACAAGCAGGACCACUGUGAGCACAACUACACUGACUUCUAUCAAAUCAACUACCAUCUUGCCAUCAAGUAGCACAGCUGGCAUGAGAUCAACGUCUCCAGCAACAGAUGUGGAUAAAUGUCUUUCCAACCCUUGUCCUGCACUGGCCACCUGCAACAACACCCAUGGCUCCUAUGUCUGUCAGUGCCCUCUUGGAUAUGAGAUGGAAAAAGGAAAGUGCAACUUAGUAAGAAUAUUUAUCGGUCAGGUGCCCCUGAAACUUAACGUCACCCACGGGAAGUAUGCAGAUCUCCUGCAAGUGGAGCGUGAAAUCCUGACAAUGCUGAACGCCUCUCUGUCAGGCUUGCCUGGUUACUACCACUCCACAGUCAAAGCCACCAGGGAGGCAAAUGUUGUGCAUGUUUCAGUGCAAUCCACGUUCUCUUUAGCAUCCAACGUGACUUUCUAUGAUGUUGUCGGCACCGUGAAAAGCUACAUUCGGGCUUGCAAAUCUCCUCCUGACCCUUGCCAGUUCAUCUCCAGCCUGAAACCACUCCACAGAGUUGGCAGCUUGUGCAAGCAGAAGGACCCCAAAUGUGACAAGGAGACCUCUGAGUGCACUGACUUCGAUGGGGUUGCACUCUGCCAGUGCAAAAGCGGGUACUUCAAGUACAAUAAAAUGGACCAUUCCUGCAGAGCCUGUGAAGAUGGAUACAAGCUGGAAAAUGAGACCUGUGUGAGUUGCCCAUUUGGCUUAGGGGGAUUCAACUGUGGGAACCCAUAUCAACUCAUUACAGUGGUGAUUGCAGCUGCGGGAGGAGGAUUGCUGCUUAUCAUGGGCAUAGCGCUGAUAGUCACCUGCUGCCGGAAGAAUAAAAAUGACAUAAGUAAACUUAUUUUCAAGAGUGGGGAUUUCCAGAUGUCACCAUAUGCCGAGUAUCCAAAGAACCCCCGAGCACAAGAGUGGGGCAGAGAGACCAUUGAGAUGCAGGAGAAUGGAAGCACCAAGAACUUGUUGCAGAUGACAGAUGUGUAUUACUCGCCAACUGGACUGAGAAAUCCAGAACUGGAAAGAAAUGGACUUUAUCCUCCCUACACUGGUUUGCCUGGAUCUCGACAUUCAUGCAUCUACCCUGGACAAUACAAUCCAUCCUUUAUUAGUGAUGAAGCCAGAAGAAGAGACUAUUUUUAGCAGAACAGAGAGGGACUGGAAGAUUGACACAGUUUUGUGGCCCUUGAUCCCCAGGUACAAUGUGUCCCCUGGCAGUUCAGCCCACACCAGUCUUACCCUUCCAUUUAACAGGAUGGUCUUUGAACUCCAUACUGAGUGUUGCUGCCCCCAGGAAUGGUUACAUUUGCUGAGCAGCAGAGAGGAAGAGAAGGAAGUGAAUGGCUCAAGGUGCACAUCAGUAAAAGACUCAGGUGGAAGCUCGUGUGUACUCUGGUUUUGUUCUGUGCUGCUUCUUCACUCCUUACGCUACAUGGCAAGCAUGGAUCAGUACAGGUGGAUGAACUGUGUCCAGCACUCUGUGUUGAAUACCACUAGGGAGUGUUUUGUUUACAGAUCUUGUUCACUGUUGACUGUGCUUGUCUUCUUGGCCGACCUUCAUGCAAAGAUUCACUGUGUGACUGGUUUUGGUAGGACAAGUUUGUCCACCCCUUUUCUCCUUGCUGCUUUGCUUUCUGCUUUGUAUGCAACAGGAAAGCUGGCUUGUCCUCUGGGCCUGACCUUCUUACUGGUAGAAGUUCUCCAAAUGGUGAGGCCCCUGCAGCAGCCUGGUGCCUGGCAAUGUCGGCUGAACUCAUGGGUGGAUUGUCUUUGAGAAGCAGGACAAAUUAGUCAUACCACUGCAAUUCAAACUGGAAGUAGGCACAGGUGGUCGUGGGUGCUGCUUUGAGAACUUAUGUACAUAGGGAAGAGUGUGAGUAUGUUGUCUUUCUGUCAGCCAGCCUGAUUCAGAAGUGAUGCUGCUACACAUCAUCACAGUGCUUCUGUAUAGGAGCUUAACAGGAUGUUUACUUAUGAAAAGACCUAUAAAAACAUAAAUGUGAUGUAAAAUAGCUGCUCACAAGGAAGAAAAACAUAAGCAGGGAAUUCACCCUGCUUCUUGGAUGAAAUGUUGGAAGAAUAAAUAAUGCUGUGGUCCUGGCUAGGCAGGUGGAACAUGGCAUCUAGGCACUGUGGGUGGGACAUAGCUUUCAGGACUUCACAGCCCACCUUGAUUUCAGAGGGAACUGUGGAAACUUACAGUCCACUGGAAAAUAAGGCUCUCCAUUAGUCAAUUGCAUUUAGGGCAGAGAGAAACACGAUCCUUUCAAUCCUAGCACCGCAAAGAUCACUUACAUCAAAAUAUUUUACUUUCUUCUGUUCUAGUUUCAGGUGAUUCAAACUGGGCAGGUUUCCUCAGCUAGGUGUGUGAGUUCAUAUUAGUCGCUUUGGCAGAAGCUGAAGAAUGUAAGUUAUUACAUUCCUCACUAAAGAUCAGAUCAAAAGCUUAUUGACUUCAUUCUUUCUGGAGUAGGGUGUUGAAAGAGCUCUUAUUAAUAAAGUAUAUUUCCCGCUUAUCUUAACUGAAAAGAUAACCUAGACCAUCUAGACCUUGUCCAGAUACAAGAUCCCACUACAGACCUUUACCCUCAGUGUGAGCAUGCUUUUAAUUCAGGAUGGCCUCUUGCAUGGGCAUAUCAGAUAGCACAGUUCCCUACCAUUAACCCACCAUCUCUGCACUGAAGGGCAUGUACCAUCUGACAUUCCUUUCUCCCACACAGUGCUCAGAAAGGCACAGUGCCUACAGUUAAAUUCAGUAAGUAGCUCUGAAGCACUGAGGGCUGCAGCAUAUGUCCCCAAAGUGCCUGACCCCUGGUGAGAAGGGCAGUUCCAAGGCUGAUGUGUGGUGUGGCUAGUCCUUGAAGGCAAGCCGGGGGUAAACAUGGCAAUACUCAUGUCUUGGUGGUGCUGGGAAGCUCCCAGCCCUUUCAGCACUUUCAACAAAUGUUGUGUUCUGUUGUGUUCCCUACCAAAAGGGAGCAGCAGCUACGCAAAGGGAGGGUGUGAUUUUGCAAAAACUAGGUAUUUAUGGAUGCCAGAGGCAGUAUGCUCUGCACUGACAUCAUCUUAUUGUCAUAGUGCACGUGACUGAAUCCAUAAUCAAAUUUGCAGGCUUGUCUCAAAUGUAGGGUGGAAAUGAAUGCAUGCUUAUGCUGCUGAAGGAGCUAUAUUUUAGGAGCAUUCUAGUUAUAGUAUCCAAAAGAGAGUAACAGGCAAAGCAUAAGAAUGAACUGUUCCCUGUGUUUUCAAAUUGAGAAAGAUGUUCUUCUCCUCGUGGUUACUAGCCAAUAUCUUAAUUGCACAGGGUCCACUGGGUGGUGUGAACCAAGGCCUUGACCCUGCCGUGCUCUGGGGCUCUUCAAAGAGGGCAUUAUUGGGGUCAUUCCUAGGAGGGUGAACUGCUUCUUUCACCCAACACUAGCUCUGGCCUAGGACAGAAGGGCCUGUUUCUCCAUGGGACAGGUGAAAGCUUUGUCUCUAAUACAAAUGAAUGAAAAAGCUGGAACGUGGUGCUAGAUGUAAAUCCAGAGCACAUAGAUGAGCACUGGGAUUUUCCCUGUUUGCUAAAGCAGCCUAACAAAAAAAUAAGCAUGUCACAGCAAUGAUGGUAGGAUUUAACUGGAUGACACUCAGACAGGAAAGAGUGUGAAGGUUUGCUUAUACCUACUAUAAUUAAUUUCUUGUUUAGUUUGAAAGCUGUUAAAUGUUCCUUUGUGUGCCAGGUGCAAAGAACAAAGUGUGAAAUACCAAAGGACAAAUGCAGAUUGAUUCUUCUAUGUAAAGAGCAACAUAUGGGUUAUGUGAGCAAAACUUCAAUCUGUCAUUUUACAGCAAAUUGCAAAUUGCGAGUGAGCUGAGUGGGAAAUGUGAUAGGACUAUUCCUAACUGAGAUCACAGAAUUCAUUUUAUUAAUGAUCUUUAAAAUUCUUCUUAAUGAAAUGAAUGGGUCUCGAGAAAGUCAGAAGGAUUUUCUGAGUGAGGACUGCAAACCCUGGCUUUUUUCCCAGAGAGCAAACUUUAUUGCACUGAAAUUCUAUCUGCCAGAGCAAGUAAAUGUCGGGGAAAUUACUAUGAGAUUAGUCCAUUGCAGCUUCCUUUUAGUUCUGGUAACAAACGUGACUCAAUGCAUAGCUCACAGGAGGAGCAAAAGGGUCUCUCCUGACCUGCCAGAACCUUCUAUGGCUUUCUCAGGGGGAAAGGAUUGAGACAGGUGCCAGCCCUAAGGUCAGUGCAGGCACUUACCUGUGCAGGAUAAGCAGUGGCAGCGGUUUUGGCUUUUGUCAAUCCUGUUGGACUUGAGUUUCCAUGUGGAAUAUCACUCCCUGAAGCCUGCUUUCGAAUGUGGGUGCCCCUGUGUUUAGUACCUAACUCCUCCUAGGAUGCAUAAGGAAAUGCAACUCAGGCUGUUUAGAUUGCUUUUAGCACCCCAGAUUGCAGAGGGCAAGAUGGAAGUAGCAGGUUUCACGCUAGGAGACUGCAAGUGACUCAGCCAGGUGUGGGGAAAGGAGAGAAAAUGACACCAACUCGACAAAGAAUCUCUUUGUGUUUCUGGCUGCUAUGUAAAGCCAGGUGAGCCGUCAGCAAGGGCCCACAGGUGGUGUGGGGGGGAGUCUUCGGGGGAAAAAAAGUGCUAAUUCAGCUGACAACAGGAAAGGAUGUAGGAGACCUGUUUGCUGCUACAGUGCUCUACCACUUGUGUUGAGAGAAGCCCUUGCUCACAGAAAUACCCCCUCAGCAGUCAGCCUGGGAGACUGAGUCAGAGUGAACAGAGCAGAGCAAUGCAGAUGGGAGGGGUAAAGGAAUGCUGCAGCCUUCCUGCAUCCCUGUCCUGCUCCCUGCUCAUCAUGGCCAGCCCUUUCCAGUGCAUGGCUGCACUGCAAAACCAGUGUUCUUUUGCACACCAUUGAAACCUCAAAGCACUGAAUUUGACUGUAUGAGGAAUGUGGGGAAAGGGGUAUUUGGAUGCCCUUUACCCUGUGUUUAUAGCACUAGAUAAAAGAACAGCAAUGAAUCUUGUUUUCAUUGCAGCAUAUCCCGGAAAGUUGCUUUGUUGUGGUCAUUUACAGAGACACUAAAUUGAUUUGCCUGCACUGCUAGCAACAGAAAAAGGGAGAGGAAAAAAAAAAAAAAAAGCUUUCUAAAAAUAGCAAUGAAAUGAAUUUAGUGAGAGGUGUUUGCAAUUGCAGAAUGGUGCCAAUAUUUAUAAAGGUUGUUUGCUGAGGCUUAACAGAGCAGCAGUAUGAGUUUGGACACUGCUGUCGCCUUGUGAAGAAAGAGCUUUCCCAGGACGUGUCUCUAAUGCUGGUAAAUAGCCACAUCCAUUCCAAAUCUAUCUGGACUUCUCAUUUUCUCAUGGUGGUGUUUAGUUUUCUUCCUUAAAUUAACAAGAAUAGAUGUAUUUUAUUUACAUGUUCUUCCUCUGCUGACUAUUGCUUUUCUCCUCUUUACACAAAAGGACCCAAUCCAGCAUCCACUCUGGUGACUGGGAUGGUGACUCUCCCAUAUUGCAGUGAAGUAUUUUAGGUCUGAAUUAUUUCCCUGUCAGGGUCACUUGUGUGUAUGCCAUGCGUUCCUGCAACUCUGUGUUCUGCCCAUUCCUGUGAUACUGUUGCUACAUUUUCACAUCAUAUUUAUUUUUCAUAUGUCCUUAUUACUGUAGCAGAGCCUGUAUUAUGUAAGAUUGAACAAACAGGUUGUUCAAGAUCUGAAAUGACUUUCUGAGAAGAGAAUGAAUGUGAAUUUCAUAGAAGACGUUGUACUGUUCAGCUGACCUGUUUCCCAUAGUGUAAGAUCUCCAGGGAUGUAGAGGUGAUUCGUGCAUUCACAGUUAAGAACUACCUGUCAGUUCACAUAUUUGUGCUUUCAGAAAUGAAACAAGAUCUCCCAGUUUUGAAAGGGUUCUGUACUGUAAGGUCAUGCUUGAGAUAACACCUCUCCAAUGUGGUUUGUGUUUUGUGUGAUAAUAUCCUUGUUGAUGGAAAACUGAGAGAGGGUGCCUGACGUUCUUCAGAAGUCAUGUGUAAGUGCUAAAUCUAUUGGUCUUCAUUCUGGUAAAAUGCUGGAAGGGAUGAGAGUUUUGCUUGGGUAAGUGGCCCCAAAUCUGCACAACCCCACAUGUGCGGAACCUGGUAAAAGUGGUCAUUUUUUUUUUCUUGGGCAGUAACACAAAAUUUGCCUGAUGUGCCUGUUAUAAAAACCAUCAGUACGAUUAACUUACUUUAAGGAAAGGAAACAACAACAAAACAGAAUAAGCAUGUAAUAAUUUCUAUUCAACUCAAUCAUUUGUUUUAAGCCCUGUUACAUUCUGCAGAAUGUUCUCCUAGCAGAAACCAAAAUUUUAUAUGUAAAGUCAUCACAAUUUCAUUAACAGCUUUCAGAACCGUGGUAGUAAUGCACACCUUUAGCAAGGUCUCUUUGAAAAGGUGAACUUUAAGCAUUAAUCUGUGCUUCCUCUACCAGCCUGCUUCAUGUUCUUCCCGUUGUUGUGCUUCCUUCUAUGCAGCUCUGAAUGUUCGCUUCCAAGUUGCUGGGGUUCUAAGGACUUUCUCCAAACCAGUAUUAUUUAAAGUUGUAUCAUAUUUUCUGCCUCUACUAAUUAUACAGUACUGUAGUAGCAAAAUAUAAUUUUUAAGGAUUGGAUUAUUUUUAUACCUGCAUCCAAUAUUAUUAAAUCUGGCGUUCUAGUCAGUAUUAUAAAAAGAUACAAUAAAACUAUGAAUAUUA